GUAAUAAGGUUUGUUUUCGAAUGUGUGGUUACGAUACAGAGUGAAGUUCCUAACGCGCGACUGUACGGCAAUAAGCUUCCAGGACUCGGAUUUUUUAGAUGUCUCCGGAUCGCGUGGAAGCUGGGACGUAUCGCUUACGCGUCUACUCUUUGGAAAUUGUUACGCGGCCCGAACAUAAACUGAUGUUAGCGGCCGAUGUGACUGAGUGGUGACAAAAAUGUCUUAAUUACAGUGUUUUGUUUUGUGAUGGAUGGUUCGUUCGUCUAGUUUUAUACUGUGGAACAAAGUGCUGGAGUGUCUCACUUAAAGCAGUGACUAUAAAACAACAAAGAAAUAAAACGGGAGGCAGUGUCAAUGCAUCGUAUACUACACAAAUUACUUUUGUCGCCCGGUAUAAAUUCGCUGCAGUAAAAGUGUCGCUCGUAACAGUCGCAUAACGUUCAGUGUCCCUACGACUUUUGUUUCGUGCUACAAAAGUGGUGUUGUGAUGUUUCGACUUUCGCCUAUAAAAGGCGGCAUUGCCGAAAAUUUGGAUGUGUAUGAAGAUGGGCCAUAAAAGUGAAUUAUUUUGCUCCCGCGGUGGCAAGAUGCUACUUACGGUGUACGCGGCCCUGCUUCUCUGGAGGAUAGACUGCGUCGUCGAGAGCACCAAAGUUAUAAAGAGCAACAUGCGGCAUCAGACAACACUGCCGAUCACCAAAGUGGGUCCCACAGCAUCACUGAGGGAUGCUGAGCCAGACUUCAUAGGACCCAUAGAGAACGUCACCGUCGCGCUUGGGAGAGAAGCUGUGCUCACCUGUUCUGUGUCAGACCUUGGAGACUAUAAGGUGGCGUGGAUCCGAGCUGAUGAUCAAACAAUAUUAACACUGCACACAAGACUGGUAACUCACAGUUCCCGGUAUGCAGUCACCAAUGACUCUCCAAGGUCAUGGCAGCUUCACAUCAGACCUCUGAAGGUUGAGGAUCGAGGGUGCUAUAUGUGUCAGAUUAACACCAGCACCAUGAAGAAACAGAUUGGAUGUGUUGAUGUUUUAGUGCCUCCAAAUAUAGUGGACGAAGGUACGAGUGGCGACCUGGUCUCCAGAGAAGGUCAAGACGUGAGUCUCUCUUGCAGAGCUGAAGGUAGACCUUUGCCAAGAAUUCUCUGGCGAAGAGAAGAUGGAGCCAACAUUCAGCUGAGAAACGAAGCUGGUGAGCUUCGAAAAGUGGACAUGUUUAUGGGUCCAAGCCUGAACUUGUCGAAGGUGGAACGCCGGCAGAUGGGCGCGUACCUCUGCAUUGCGUCCAAUGACGUACCGCCUUCUGUCAGCAAGAGGAUAAUGCUUAGUGUUACUUUUCCACCAUCUACUCUGGUGGCGACCAAGGUGAUUGGUGUGCCAACAGGAUCUCAAGCCAGACUAGAAUGCUUCGUGGAAGCGUUCCCUCAAGCCAUACAUUACUGGCUGAAGAGCGGGGAAGAAAUGAUAUUAUCAGGAGGCAAACAUGAAAUAUCUGAAGAACGUAUCUCAUCAUAUCAGCUGCGAACGAUACUCGUUAUAUCGCAGUUUGAUCCAGAGGAUGUUGGUACUUACACCUGUGUCGCUACCAACACCAUGGGCAAAGCAGAAGGAACUCUGCGGUUAUAUGAAAUAAAAAUAACGACAACAACAACUACAACGACAACUACAACAACAACGACAACGACGACCACAACAACUCCGGCGCCGACAACCACGGAGCCACCGCCACGAUUCGUGGUACCUCUUCAACCAGCAGAACAAAAGUUCUACACGCCAGAUGUCACGACGUAUGACACAAUGCAGAAUGUGAUCGAGCAGUCCGUUCUCGACAACAACUGGUUGCCGACUGCCGAUUCUGCGGCGACGAGUCACCAUCAAGCCUUUACUAUCCCCACUCUCGCACUACUCUCAGUGCUGCCAUAUCUAAAAUAUAUUAUUAGUAGUAGUUUUUAUGCGAUUAUUGUAAUUAGCAGGAAUUUUCAAUUUGUAACACAGGGUGCAAGAUGAUAAGUUGUCUUGUUUACACGGAAAAUCAGUGUCAAUUUAGUAUGAUAGGAUUUCUUUUUCUUUUAUUUCAAGUUAGCCAUUUGUUUUGCACCAAUAUUUUACGUGGAUUCCGUGUUCAAACAAUUUUAAAACUAAUAUUUACUUUAUGGCUUCCAUUUCCAAAGUAGAAAAUAUUUUUUUUCGGUACCAUAGCAUAUUCAGUAGAGUGUAAAUCAAUUCAACAAGGCUAAAAGAUUUUUGAGAAAAAAAAACAAGUAAAUUGGGCACGUAUUAAUAAUGACUAAUGACUAUGUAACAUACAUAAAACUAAAUUAGUUGAAAACUAAAUAUUCCAACGUUAAUUUCCUUAAGUUAUUUGUAAGGGUAUGUAAAAACGUUAAAUCUGUAAAUAGUUACCAAGAUGUUGGUGUUUCGGGAUAAUUGUGAUGGCAUUAUAAAUAUGUAGGUAAGUUAAAAUAGUGAUUAUGUAAGAAAAGCCUACUCAAAAAUAUACACCAUUUUUACUUUCUUAGAUCUUUUGCUAUUCAUUCAGAUUCAGAAUAUAAAACGACAAAAUUAAAUACAACGUUCGCAGUAAAAUGGCUAGAAUGUAAUAUAAUUUACUGUAAAAAAAUCAAUUCAAUUUCAAACGCAGGGACAUUUUACUUGAUCCAGUCAUGAACUCAAAGUUUCAUUAAAUAUUUUCAGAAUAUCAAUCAAACUUUAAUCAAAUUAUAUAAUUGAUAUAUUUUAAUUAAGUUAUCGCUUAACGUCACCUAUUAUAAUUAGUUUAUCUACCAAUUUAACGAAGAUAUCCCUAUGGAUUUCUCGUGAUUGGUUUCUGCAAGAAAAGACUUUAAAAGAUAGACACAGCUACUAGAAUAUUCUUAGACAUAUACAAAACGUCACGCCUGCCUCCCAUGGAGGUAGACAAAGUCAAUAGGACGCCAAUUGCUACGAAUCUUACAUACCUCUUUCGCUUCAUCAACUACGAAUAUUCAAAUAGAACGAAACAAUGCCACAAAGUUAUUUAAAAUGUUCUUCUAAAAUAAAAGUGUUUUGUCCUAUCCUGGACUAUAAUUACUCAGAGUGACUGUGACUAAAUUCUGACCUUUAACUUUUUUUCAUAAAAACCUGUAUUCGUCGACCUCAUAAAGUUUUUUAACUUACUAGUAACUUAGUUAAGUCCUACAUUGUGAUGGCUUGUUACUGUUUUCAUAAGUUUAUAUUUUUGGGUAGGCUUUGUAGUUAAAUAUAAUGUACAAAUACAAUAAAUUAGUAAGAAUACAAUUGUGUUUUGAACACAAGAACUGAUGGAGAAUGGAUUUUUAUAAGUACUUUUUUUUUAGUUUGAAAUUAUAAUAUAUGUUCUUUCAUUACAUACAAUAAUUGACUUUAUAAACUGAAACUUAAGCUCUAUUUUAAUUUAAAAUGUUUGUACAAUAAUACUUUCAUUGCUAUUCUUCAGAAACAUAAAAUCUGAGUGCUUGCAAAUUGAAUUUUCAUAUUAAUUAUAAAGAGUUCAUAGUUAUUAUUGUGGUCAUAACUUGAAUACAUUUUUAAUUGUCUUGUAAAAUUAUACUUUAGUAUGUUUGUAAUAAAAUUGUAUUUUCUUUGUUUAAACGUGGCAGACUGAUGAAUUUUGUAUGUAUUUGUAUUAAUGGUGAGCGUGUAAUUAACUAGUGGGCCUAAAGUAAUCGUAAUGUUUUACCGACAUCUUCCACGUACUAAUGAAAUAUAAUCAUUAUAAAGCAUAUCAAGUAAUUGUAUAAAAAUGUAAAUAUUCGUAGUUCUAGACUAAAUAAAAAAAAACGAAAGAAGUUUUUAGAAGGUUCUCGAAGUAUGAAUUUAUUUUAGAAUUCUCAGUCCAGAGUUUGAAUUUUUGUAUAAAAUCACUUAAUUCAUAAUCU